UGAAAGUGAAACUCACGUCACAAUAACUUAUGAAACAUGUGAAGGAAACAUUUCAGUUGGAUUAAAUUUGAUGAAGAACGACUCAAUUACCUAAAAUAAACAAACUGUGUUUAUAUUUACUAGCAAUGGCGGAAGGAGGAAACAAUCACUACGAAGGAAGAAAUAAAACAAGCAGUAGUUCGAGUGAUAGUGAAAAUGAGGAUGCGGGUGCAAUAUUUACUUUUGAAGGUAGUGGGAUAACCGCUAGCACCUCUGUGAACCCGCUAAGAUUACAAAAGGCGCGAAAGGGAAAAAGUCGACCCAGAAAACUAAACACAAGAUUAAAAUCAAAAAUGUCGAUGCCUUGUGAAAAAUCCCCUAUUCUCGUGGAGGAGUUGGACGCACAAAUGGCAUAUGACCUUCAAAAGCAAUUGAAUGAACUUGACAGUGAACAUUUAUUACUGCCUUAUGGCCACUCAAUUUAUACAGAACCUGAAAGUCAAGACAUAUCUUUUACCGAUUUCGUGAUAGCUAAGGAGGUUGAGAUUGAGGAGACUGCCAUUCACGAUCAUAUGGUGGCCGAAGAACUUCAAAGAGAAUUGAGUAACGAAAAACCAGAAGAAGAUUAUGGGGGCGCCGAAGGACCAAUGUUAAAUACAUUCAAUAUAAAACACGAAUUGGAGCUUGGAGAUCAGAAACUAGCGGAACAAUUACAAAUAAAAUUGGACGAGGAGAGUGCUAAAAGUCUACAAGACAGAGAUGAGCUAUUGAGAUUUCCAAGGAAUCAUAUGAAUAAAGACGUAAGAAAUCCCGAGUAUAAUGGAAUUGGAUCAAGAAUUGGUGUGUUCAAUGGUCUCUUUUAUGGCAUUUCAAAUACCCCACCAAGACCCCAUCCAGUGUUUGCGCAUCGCCCGCAAGGACUCAAUUUUAGACAGAUACAGACUCCAUAUAGAAACGAUUCGCCCCGUCGACCGAAUGUAAGUCGAAUAUAUGUACCAGAACAAAGGGAUAUAACUCAUCUUGGUGCUUUUAAUAAUAUUCCCGAUAUAUUUAGAAGACUGAAUCAACCGGCGAAUCCAGAUCACAUGACACAUGAGGAAUUGCUGGAGUUGGAGGAACAGAUGGGUGAGGUUCAAAUAGGAAUGACUAAAAGUAAAAUACAAAACCUAUCGCAGUAUAAAUUCAGCCCGUCCUUAUUAAUGAAGGGAGAUAACUCAACAUGCACUAUAUGUAUGGACUUACUCCUAAAAGACGAAACAGUUCGAGUAUUGAAAUGUAAACACAUUUAUCAUGUGAAGUGCAUAGAUCCAUGGUUACAGAAAAAGGCUGAGUGUCCUGUAUGUAGGGAAAGUCUGAAAUGAAAACCCAUAGAUGAAUUUAAUUUAUGUGCACUUGGACUAUGUGGCUGUCCUAUCUACAAUUUAUUUUGUUUUUAUAUCAAUUAAACUGAAUGGCAUUAACUAUUGUUAGGAAUCGAGUCUGUAAUUCAACGAACGAAUAACCAAAACCAUACUAUUUGACAGGAAACAAACUUAUUGAAACUGUGAAUAAAUGUUAUUUUAUCAUUAAUGCGGUUAUGAUUUCUAUCCUUUGUCUGUGAUUUUUGAUUAUGCCUUUAUGAAUGUUGUUGGAAGUGGUGCUUAACUAUACACGCUAUCUACUACGGGAUUUUACAACUGAUUCACAUCCGUAUCGCGGGUGAAUACCUACCUGGGUUUGCCUGGUACCUUAUUUAUGUUUUAAGUUUAAAGGAGCUAAGCCGCUAAUCAGCGUUCGCCCUGUUAACACCUGCAGCUCCAGUGAUCCAGUGUUCCAGUUAUCCAGUGUUCCAGUUAUCCAGUCUUCCAGUUAUCCAGUCUCCAGUAUUCCAGUAUUCUAUUCAUCAUGAACCCUCUAGUAAAAACAUACGAAGUUCCCGAAGAAGAGACCAGCAGGGUGUCCUACCACGUGGCGGUCAGCAGCACGGAUAGAUUGACCGACAGGGGAAUCUUGAAGUGCCUGGUCGACCUGCUCGGCAAGUGGGAAGACAUCCUGACCAUCUAUCAAAAAGAAGAAGAAUGGCAUAUACAUGUGAGAACAAAAGAAGUCAAAACCAAAUUACUUGAGAAAGAAAGCCACGCCCACAUGGGGAUAAACUACAGAUUCCAUAAACGCUUUUCGAAAGUACUGACCCUCACUGUGUAUGACUUUCCAGUAUCCUACUCGGACGAAUACUUUCAAACUAUCAUGAAUGAUAUCGGGUAUGUCAGAACAUUUAAAGAUCAUCGACUGCCAGGCACGAACGUAUAUAAGAGAGAUAGAGAAGUAGAAUUAGAAAUCAAGACUGAGAAAAUAAAAGCCAUACCCCAAAUAAUUAUACUAAAAGCCCAUUACGGGGACGCCAGCGUAAGAAUUCUAACCCCAAGCCAACCUUCUCCAUGCUUCCGAUGUGAGAAGUUUGGCCACUCACGUAAGGAGUGCCCUCUCCGAGGCCCAGAGAAGAAAAUAAAACAGACAGUACAGCCUUCAGUUCCAGCAGUAAAGAAAUCCGUCGAGAACAGUACAGCAGUAACCCAGUCUCCGCCAGUUGAACCCAAAGCACCAAAAAGACGAAGAGAGGAUGGAGCUAGAUCAUCAACAUCGGAAACAUCAGACUUCAAGUUCACCAAACCGAGACCCCCUCCAAUAAAGAUAAACGAAAACAGUAUCGAAAAAGAGUGCAGCUACCAUCCCUCAACUUCAACACCUUACGACGCCAGCUUCGAUUGGAAUAUUCACAGUAUCGUCAGUAACCAUAGUACGUUCGACUAAGGAAAAAAAAAAAAUAUAUAUAUAUAUAUAUAUAUAACACGUGAUUGUCUGCGAUAUCACCUCGGUGGAAGCGGGCGUAAAAUACAACUAACUCACACAAGUCGCUAAUAUUUGGGAUCUACAAAUUGACAAAAAUGGGUCGCAACAUAUAUAAUAAUGUAAUAUGAAUAUAUAUAAACUCAUUUAGAUUCUUAUUCGUUUCUGCAUUUACUCUAAUUUCUAAUCAAUUAUUUUCAGCGAAAUACGCCAGAAGUCUCAAUCGAAUGGCAAUCUCUAGCGUCUUGUUAUUCCAGUCUACACCGAUAGUAUUUAUUGCGCAUGCUUUCCAGAUAAGAACACGCCGUCACCGUUUGGCAUGGAAUAUGUCUAGCCUCGUUCUUCGAGUCCAUUGUUACACAUGACGCUGAAACGCAUUAUGGUACACGAUUCGUGUACCGAUGGUAAAAUGUUUAUUUGUCUUAAAUAUUGGAUAUCAGAAGCCCAUCUUUUCCCGGUAAGAUCACAACAUUAAUGUUGAUUUAAAUUGACAAAUAAUUUGUGUUUUCAAUGUCGAAGACUUUGGAUGAAAAUGAGUUAGAGACUUAGCUACUUUAAAAAAAGUGACCUUAUAUACAGGUAGCUUUGAUGGGUUUAUUUGGUAAACUGAUCUGAUUAUAAUAAUAAGUAAACAUAAAUAUAUGUAAAUAAAUAAGAAAUGCAACAUCGAAUUAAAGAUUUUACUAAUAAGGAA